UGCUAUUUAGUGGCAGUGAAAAUAAAAAGACGAAGGGGGAGAGAGGAAAGAGAGGGAGAUUUCAGAUUUGGCCUUGAGUCCUUGACUUCCCAAUUUUGGUUUUGUUAAAUCUUUUUAUUUCUUCAUUUGUUUUUAUUUCUUUCUUGUUGCGUCAGAAUUCAGAAAUGGGUGUCUUUGCUUGAGGAAAAGCAAAGGCCUUUGGAAGAUCAUACUUCUGCUCUGAACCAUAGUGGUUGCAAUGCUAAAGAAGGUGGUUUUCUUGAGCUCUAAUGCCCGUGCUCUCUAAAUCUGUUGGAGCCGGUCAUUGACUGAUUUCUAAUUUGACUAUUGAAAAGAAACAUGAAGAUUGGGUCAAAGAAAGUAUGGAAAUCCAUUAUGCCUCUUCGUUUGAAAAGCAAAUCAGCCACCCGUUUUUGUCUGUUUCCUAAGGUGAAGUCAACUAGCUAUGGUCCGGGCAAUGCACCAGUCUAUCUCAAUGUGUAUGACUUGACACCCAUGAAUGGCUAUGUUUAUUGGGCAGGCCUUGGUAUCUUUCACUCUGGUGUGGAAGUUCAUGGUGUAGAAUAUGCAUUCGGAGCUCAUGACUACUCAUCGAGUGGUGUGUUUGAGGUUGAACCUCGGCAGUGCCCAGGCUUCAAGUUCAGGAAGUCGAUAUUCAUCGGGACUACAUGCUUGGACCCGAUUCAGGUGAGAGAAUUCAUGGAGCGCCAGUCAGCAAGCUACAAUGGUGAUACGUAUCACUUAAUUGCCAAGAACUGCAAUCAUUUCUGCAAGGACGUAUGUUACAGGCUGACAGGAAAACAAAUCCCAAAAUGGGUAAAUCGACUGGCAAAAAUAGGUUCAGUAUGCAACUGUGUCCUUCCUAAAGCCCUCAAGAUCUCUGCUGUAAGGCAUGAUCCUAGUUACCAACUGUAUGAUAGUGAGAAGAAAAGGCUAAGAAGUUCCCUCAGUUGCCUGUCUUCAAUCUCCAUGCGGCAAAAGCAAUUGUCAACAUCUUCGCUGUUUCUUCAAUCACCCUUGAAAGGCUGCUUACCACCAUGGGAAUUGAGAAGGUCUAACAAUGGUUCCUUGAAAGAAAGGUGAGAAAUUGCUUGGAUGUUUUUGAUACAUUAACUGGCUUCAUUAGCUUGUUAAGGGGAAAUUUGUUUUGUCUGCCCUUAAAUUUCUUCUGAAUUUAGUAACUUUUGUGGGGGUGAUGCUUGUCAUUGUUGUAACGCUACUCUGUUCUCAAACCUGCUGAGAAGAGACUAUCCAAUUCUUCCUAGACAGAGAAGAAACCGUAUAUAUAUCAAAGCAUUGCCCUCCUUUUGCGGGUACAUUGCACCUCUUAACCCU